CAGCGAGCAUCAGGGCGUGUACACAGAGUGUGAGAGCUCACCUGGGCUCCUCCUCCUGUGAUGAAGCUCACCUGAGAGAUCUCAGCAGCCGAGGACAGACUGUGUUUACUCUCACCUGCUGCUGUCAGUCCUUUAAAGCAUCUUCGGGCGGCGCCGGUCCAAAGUCUCAUUCACUGUGAUCGUUGUGGCGCAGACAGUCGUGUCCGUGUGAACGUCCAGCUGAAGAUGAAAGUGUGUGUGAGCUGAGCAGCAUGAAUCAGUGUGAAGACAGAGAGGAGGGAGGCCCUCCCUCUAAAACCACUGGACCUGGUCCUGGACCUGGACCUGGACCUGGACCUGGACCUGGACCUGAGCCCAGCUGUGUGUCCUUCAAGAGUGACCAGUCAAUAGAUUGUUUCAUUUAUUUUAAAGGACAACCAGCUCCUGCUGUAAAGAGGAGACCAGCCUCUAAUGGACCUGGACCUGAGCCCAGCUGUGUGUCCUUCAGGUGUGACUGGUCAAAGCAUCAUUUAAUUGAUUUUAAAGAAGAAAAACCUUCAGCUGUAAAGAGAGUCGACCAGGAGAGCUCAGAGGUUCCCAGAGGUCCGUCUGUCCAGCAGCAUCAGACACAGCUGGACUCCAUAUUUAUGCUGCUGGAGGAGAACAUUGUGACUUUUGUGAAGAACGAGCUGAAGAAGGUCCAGAAGGUUCUGAGUUCAGAUUACCCAGAAUGCUUAGAGAGUCAAAGUGAUGAUGAGGAGGUGUUGGACGGUGAGGAUGAAGAGCAGAGGAGGAGCAGCAGAGAGGCAUUUCUGAAGAUCACACUUCACUUCCUGAGGAGAAUGAAGCAGGAGGAGCUGGCUGACUGUCUGCAGAGCAAACAUCUUGCUGCAGUUUGUCAGCGUAAACUUAAAUCUGACCUUCAGAAGAACUUCCAGUGUGUGUUUGAGGGGAUCGCUAAAGCAGGAAACCCAACCCUUCUGAAUCAGAUCUACACAGAGCUCUACAUCACAGAGGGAGGGACUGCAGAGGUCAAUGAUGAACAUGAGGUCAGACAGAUUGAAACAGCAUCCAGGAAACCACACAGACCAGAAACAACAAUCAGACAGGAAGACAUCUUUAAAGCCUCACCUGGAAGAGACGAACCAAUCAGAAGAGUGAUGACAAAGGGAGUGGCUGGCAUCGGGAAAACAGUCUUAACACAGAAGUUCACUCUGGACUGGGCUGAAGGCAAAGCCAACCAGGACAUACAGUUCACAUUUCCAUUCACUUUCAGAGAGCUGAAUGUGCUGAAAGAGAAAAAGUUCAGCUUGGUGGAACUUGUUCAUCACUUCUUCACUGAAACCAAAGAAAUCUGCAGCAUUGAAGAGUUCCAGGUUGUUUUCAUCUUUGACGGUCUGGAUGAGUGUCGACUUCCUCUGGACUUCCACAACACUGAGACCCUGACUGAUGUUAGAGAGUCCACCUCAUUGGAUGUGCUGCUGACAAACCUCAUCAGGGGGAAACUGCUUCCCUCUGCUCGCCUCUGGAUAACCACACGACCUGCAGCAGCCAGUCAGAUCCCUCCUGGGUGUGUUGACAUGGUGACAGAGGUCAGAGGGUUCACUGACCCACAGAAGGAGGAGUACUUCAGGAAGAGAUUCAGAGAUGAGGAGCAGGCCAGCAGAAUCAUCUCCCACAUCAAGACAUCACGAAGCCUCCACAUCAUGUGCCACAUCCCAGUCUUCUGCUGGAUCACUACUACAGUGCUGGAGGAUGUGUUGAAGACCAGAAGAAGAGGAGAGCUGCCCAAGACCCUGACUGAGAUGUACAUCCACUUCCUGGUGGUUCAGACCAAAGUGAAGAAGGUCAAGUAUGAUGGAGGAGCUGAGACAGAUCCACACUGGACUCCAGAGAGCAGGAAGAUGAUUGAGUCUCUGGGAAAACUGGCUUUUGAUCAGCUGCAGAAAGGAAACCUGAUCUUCUAUGAAUCAGACCUGACAGAGUGUGGCAUCGAUAUCAGAGCAGCCUCAGUGUACUCAGGAGUGUUCACACAGAUCUUUAAAGAGGAGAGAGGACUGUACCAGGACAAGGUGUUCUGCUUCGUCCAUCUGAGUGUUCAGGAGUUUCUGGCUGCUCUUCAUGUCCAUCUGACGUUCAUUGACUCUGUAGUCAAUCUGCUGUCAGAUGAAGAGCAGUCAACAUCCCGAUGGUCUAAAGCGUUCGGAGGAAAAUCAACACGUUUCUACCACAGUGCUGUGAAGAAGGCAUUACAGAGUCCAAAUGGACACCUGGACUUGUUCCUCCGCUUCCUCCUGGGUCUUUCACUGCAGACCAAUCAGACUCUCCUAAAAGGUCUGCAGACACAGACAGGAAGUAGCUCACAGACCAAUCAGAAAACAGUCCAGUACAUCAAGGAGAAGAUCAGUGAGAAUCUGUCUCCAGAGAGAAGCAUCAAUCUGUUCCACUGCCUGAAUGAACUGAACGAUUGUUCUCUAGUGGAGGAGAUCCAACAGUACCUGAGAUCAGGACGUCUCUCCACAGAUAAACUGUCUCCUGCUCAGUGGUCAGCUCUGGUCUUCAUCUUACUGUCAUCAGAAGAAGAUCUGGAUGUGUUUGACCUGAAGAAAUACUCUGCUUCAGAGGAGGCUCUUCUGAGGCUGCUGCCAGUGGUCAAAGCCUCCAACAAAGCUCUGCUGAGUGACUGUAACCUCUCAGAGAGAAGCUGUGAAACUCUGUCCUCAGUUCUCAGCUCCCAGUCCUCUAGUCUGAGAGAGCUGGACCUGAGUAACAACAACCUGCAGGAUUCAGGAGUGAAGCUACUGUCUGCUGAAUUGAAGAGUCCACACUGCAAUCUGGAAAGUUUGAGGCUGUCAGGCUGUCUGAUCACAGAGGAAGGCUGUACUUCUCUGGUCUCAGCUCUGGACUCCAACCCCUCCCAUCUGAGAGAGCUGGACCUGAGCUACAAUCAUCCAGGAGACUCAGGAGUGAAGCAGCUGUCUGCUCGACUGGAGGAUCCAGGCUGGAGACUGGACACUCUCAGGGUGGAGCCUGCUGGAGUCCGAUGGUUGACACCAGGUCUGAGGAAGUAUUCCUGUGAGCUCACAGUCGACACAAACACAGCCAGCAGAAACGUCAAACUGUCUGACAACAACAGGAAGAUGACACAUGUGGAGGAGGAUCAGUCAUAUCCUGAUCAUCCAGAGAGGUUUGAGUCCAGGUUGUUUCCUCAGUUGCUGUGUAGAACUGGUCUGACUGGUCGCUGUUACUGGGAGGUCAAGUGGAGAGGAGAUGUUUCUAUAUCAGUGAGUUACAGAAGAAUCAGAAGGAAAGGAGACAGUACAGACUGUGAGUUUGGAUGGAAUGAUCAGUCCUGGAGUCUGGAGUGCUUUGAUGGUCGUUACUCUGUCUGUCACAAUAACAGACCAACAGACAUCUCCUCCUCCUCCUCCUCCUCCUCCUCCUCCUCCUCCUCCUCCUCCUCCUCCUCUGGUAGAGUAGCAGUGUAUGUGGACUGUCCUGCUGGCACUCUGUCCUUCUACAGAGUCUCCUCUGACUCACUGAUCCACCUCCACACCUUCAACACCACAUUCACUGAACCUCUUUAUCCUGGAUUUGGGUUCUUCAGGUCCAGUUCUGGUUCCUCAGUGAGUCUGUGUGGUGUUUAGUGUGCAGAGUCUCCUCCUGUCACAGAAACAUUGUCAGUGCUGAACAGUUGAGUCUGUACAGGAUCACAGUCACAUCAAUCUUUCAGCUUCUUGUAAUAAAUUCAUCAGUCAACUUUGUACAAAAUGAUUCAAACUGACUGAAAAGAUUUUUCAUUUACAUUUGAAACUUUUUCCAUUAAAUUGUGUAAAUUGUGUUGACUUGUACAUUGUGUCAUGUGUUGUUUUGAAUUCUGGCUCUUGUUCCAAUAAAAUCCAGAACUAUUAGUGAAAUGUAAGAAACAGAAAACAUUGACUCGUCUGCAGCCUUAAUUGUAAAGAAUCAUUGUGAACAAAGUUGUGAAUGGACAGUAAAAUAUGAUCAAAUGAACUCGACGCUCCACCUGAAACUCUCUGACUUGUUUCAUGUGUUUCUAAUGAUGAAACUAAAAGAUUGAUGGUGUUGGUUAACACAUGUAAUUAUGUCCGUAGUGACGUGAUAAACUGCACAACAUCUGUUCAUUUCUGUGUGAUUAUUAUAUGAGAAGAAAACACAUUUUAAUGACAA